ACCCAGACGAACGAACCAUUCAUAAAACCCUAGACCUUCGUCUUCUACCUCACUUUCUCUCUCCUCGUCGUCUCCCCUUCCUCCUGAUUUUGACUCUCGUCUCUUCGAUUUCUACCGGAGAGACGACCGGGAAAUUCGUGAGCUGUCGAUUAUUUUUCCGGAAAAUCUGUUUGUGAAUUUCCGAUUUGAGUAGAUGGAUCCGUCUAGCCUUGCGUUAAUCAUUGGCGCGGCUGCUUGCAGUCCGAAUCCCAGCGAGCGUAGAGCCGCUGAGCAGAGCCUUGAUCAGAUUCAGCACACUCCGCAGCAUUUGAUAAGGGUUUUGCAAAUUGUUGUUGAUGGUGGCUGUGACCCUGCUGUACGCCAAGCUGCUAGUAUCCAUUUCAAGAAUUUCAUCGCUAAGCACUGGGAACCUCAUUCUGGUGAUCAGAACAAAAUCUUGCCAAGUGAUAAGAAUGUUGUCAGGGACCAGAUUCUUGUAUAUGUCUCUCAACUUCCACCUAUAUUGAGAGUUCAAAUGGGAGAGUGCCUGAAGACCAUAAUUUACGCUGACUAUCCUGAGCAAUGGCCCCAUCUCCUGGUUUGGGUUAAGCACAACUUGCAGGAUCAACAAGUUUAUGGAGCGUUAUUUGUGUUGCGGAUUCUAUCUUCAAAAUACGAGUUUAAGUCAGAUGAAGACAGGGCACCCAUUUACCGAGUAGUCGAGGAGACGUUUCCACAUCUUUUGAAUAUAUUCAAUAAGCUUGUCCAUAUUGAAAAUCCUUCUCUCGAAGUGGCAGACCAUAUCAAGCUUAUAUGCAAGAUAUUCUGGUCAUGUAUUUAUCUAGAGCUUCCGAGACCAUUGUUUGAUCCAAACUUGUUUAAUGCUUGGAUGGGUCUGUUCCUAAACAUUUUGGAACGUCCUGUUCCCGUAGAAGGUCAGCCUGAAGACCCUGAGCUUAGGAAAUCAUGGGGAUGGUGGAAAGCCAAGAAGUGGGUUGCUCACAUCUUAAACAGGCUGUACACUCGGUUUGGAGAUCUGAAACUUCAGAAUCCGGAAAACAAAGCCUUCGCCCAAAUGUUUCAGAUGAACUACGCAGCCAAGAUAUUAGAGUGCCAUUUGAAAUUGUUGAAUGCCAUUCGUAUUGGUGGUUAUCUUCCUGACAGAGUCAUCAACCUAAUUCUUCAAUAUCUAAGCAACAGUAUCCCGAAGAAUAGCAUGUACAACUUACUGCAGCCCCACCUUGAUGUCCUACUAUUUGACAUAAUUUUCCCUCUAAUGUGCUUCAAUGAUAAUGAUCAAAUGCUUUGGGAUGAAGACCCGCAUGAGUAUGUAAGGAAGGGUUAUGAUAUAAUUGAAGACUUGUACAGUCCCAGGACUGCAUCUAUGGACUUUGUGACUGAGCUGGUCAGAAAGCGUGGAAAAGAAAACUUCCCAAAAUUUAUACAGUUCAUCGUGGGCAUUUUUAAGAGAUAUGAUGAAGCACCUUUAGAACUAAAGCCCUAUCGCCAAAAGGAUGGUGCUCUGCUCGCUGUUGGGACACUUUGUGAUAAACUGAGGCAAAGUGAACCCUACAAAUCUGAGUUGGAGAAUAUGUUAGUGCAACAUGUUUUUCCUGAAUUCGGCAGCCCUGCUGGUCAUCUUAGAGCCAAGGCUGCAUGGGUUGCAGGGCAGUACGCACACAUUAAUUUCGCAGACCAAAACAAUUUUUCCAAGGCAUUGCAUUGUGUUAUCUCUGGAAUGCGUGAUCCAGAACUUCCUGUUCGGGUGGAUUCAGUUUUUGCUUUGCGUUCAUUCAUUGAAGCCUGCAAAAAUUUAGAUGAGAUCCGCCCAGUUCUGCCUCAACUUCUUGACGAAUUUUUCAAGCUAAUGAAUGAAGUUGAAAACGAAGAUCUUGCUUUUACUUUAGAGACUAUUGUGUAUAAGUUUGGGGAGGAGAUUUCUCCUUAUGCUUUGGGUCUGUGCCAGAACUUGGCCAGUGCAUUCUGGAGGUGUAUCGACACUGACAACGGUGAUGAUGAAACUGAUGAUUCUGGUGCAUUGGCUGCAGUGGGAUGUCUCCGUGCCAUCAGUACAAUUCUUGAAUCUAUCAGUAGUCUCCCUCAUCUCUAUGGUCAGAUUGAACCACAUUUGCUGCCUAUAAUGCGUAAAAUGCUGACAACUGAUGGUGAAGAUGUGUUUGAAGAGGUUCUGGAGAUCGUCUCAUAUAUUACUACUUUUUCACCUACGAUAUCAUUAAACAUGUGGAGUUUAUGGCCUUUAAUGAUGGAAGCACUCGUGGAUUGGGCUAUUGACUUCUUUCCAAAUAUAUUGGUCCCGCUGCACAACUACAUAACCAGGGGAACUGAGCAUUAUCUCACUUGCAAGGAACCCGAUUACCAGCAAAGUCUUUGGAGUGUGAUCUCUUUGCUUAUGGCGAACAAAAAUAUUGAUGAUAGUGACAUUGAGCCAGCUCCGAAGCUAUUAGGGAUCGUGGUUCAGACUUGUAAGGGCCAGGUGGAUCAAUGGGUGGAGCCUUACCUGAGAAUCACAUUAGAUCGGCUACGAGGUGCCGAGAAAUCUUCCUUCAAAUGUCUUCUGAUUGAAGUGAUUGCAAAUGCCUUUUACUACAAUGCCCCUUUGGCACUUGGCAUACUGCAACGCUUUGGUUGCGCAACAGAGAUUUUAACUAUUUGGCUCCACAUGCUGCAAGAGAAGAAGAAGAGUGGUGUACAUGCUAACUUCAAGAGAGAACAUGAUAAGAAAGUUUGCAUCUUGGGAUUGACAGCACUUCUCAGUCUUCCUGCUGGUCAAUUGCCCGGAGAGGUCUUGCCACCUGUAUUCAGGGCUCUUCUCGAGCUUUUAGUGGCAUACAAGGAUCAACUUGCUGAAGCUGCAAAGGCAGAAGAGGAAGAAGACGAAGAAGAUGGGGAUGAUGACAACAUGGAUGAGUUCCAGACAGAUGAUGAAGAUGACGAGGGAGAUGAGAAUCCCGAUGAAACUGAUGGAAGUACACUCCGCAAGUUAGCAGCACAGGCAAAGGACUUCCGCUCUUACAGCGACGAUGAUGACUUUUCGGAGGAUGAUUUUAGCGACGACGAGGAAUUAGACUCUCCAAUUGAUGAAGUGGAUCCUUUCAUACUCUUCAUGGAUACAGUCACAGCAAUGCAAGCAUCAGACUCGCUCAGAUUCCAAAGCCUUACGCAGACACUAGAUCCGCACUACGAAGGUCUUGCAAACAAUAUCGCUCAGCACACUGAGCAGAGAAGAGCUGAGAUUCUAAAGGAGAAACAAUCUUCCACAACAGUUGCUCCCUGAUAUCUCCAUUACUCUAUGAUAUUAUCCUAAAUACAUAGAGAGGCUUAUCGAGGUGAGUCUGGUCGACUCUCAGUUACUCAUCUUGUCUGAGAGAGACCAAUCUCUGCCGUCUCCAGUUUUGCAUUUCUUCAUCAUUUUUUUUUUCCUUUGGUUUUCAUCAUCUCCAGUAGACCAAAGCAAAAGACCAAACCCUUUUGGGGUUCCUAUUUUUUUUUUUUUUCAGACAGCAAACCCUUUGGAGGGUUUUUUUUUAAUGUUCUCCGAUUGGGAUUGGAUGCAUAUAUUUAAAAAAGCACAUAAUUUUUUUC